GAGCAGACCAAGCAGGUGGAAUGGACUUCUUUGUAGGGUGGCUGUGCUCUACCUUAAGGUGAACCACAUUCGAGUGUCUCGUUGACUGAAACGUCUCAGUUGGUGACUUUAACACACAUUGGAUGUGCAGUACAGAUUACUGGAUUUCAGGUGUUGAAACUAUUACCAGAAGUGUUUCAAAUGUUCUGAAUUGAACAGGAACAAAAAGAUUGCUGGGCCACCUCCAACCAGACACCUCUGAUGUGUAAUUACAAAUAACAGUAUCCGUUUUUUAUGGCGGCGAUGCUUCUUUCCAGUUAAAGAUAAAGUGGGAAUGUGAUGAUCUGGGGGAACUUGUAGUAGAGUGGCUGCCCUUUCACUUUAAAAGAAAAUGGUUGAGGCGGUUAUGCAUCUGCAUAGAAUGCCUCCCAAAGCCUGGAUUUGGAAGUUUUCUGCGCACAAAGAUUACAAAGCAGACUGGGAAUUUGCAAGAAAAAGUUACUUUUCUUUUCUGGGCCAGGAACCCCUUCAACUGAGGCCUGCGAGGGAUGUUGGGUUUCCUUCUUGGACGUGUUACCUCUGUGAACCCAUGCCAGAUAAAUGGAUACAUUUAUGGCCCAUGAUGACACCAGAGGACCUCUUGAAUGUUCUGGAAGAUUUAGCAGAGGAAGAAUUCAUUAAAUUCAAGUGGCUUCUGCAGCAGACCAGCAAUCCUUUGGGCUUCCCAGCCAUCAGAAAGUGUCAUCUUCAGACAGCAAACAGGCAGGACACUGUGGAUCUGAUGGUCCAGACCUAUAGUCUUUCUGGAACUGUAAAAGUCAUCAAGAAGGUUUUAGAGAAGAUUAGCAGGAAUGACCUGCUGCAGAUCUUCUGUGCCAGCAGCUCAGGAUCAGAAGUGGAUGCAAGUGAUGUUGGAAAAAUGUCAGUGAAUACAGGACAUUUAGUGUCUCUUCUUCAGGCUCCUCUUCCUCAGAUUCAAAGAGAAGUUCAUGGAUUUAUUGAGAAAAUGGUUCCAGUUCCUGAGCCGCAUCCCAUCACAUUUUACCAACGGAUGCUUCAGUUAAACUUCCAGGACAAGUUCAUGUGUACACAGGAGGGCUGGGCAGAAGAUAAACAGCGUCUGGUUGAUAUCUAUACAGACGUUUACAUCACUGCUGGGUGUGACGUACACAUCAACACACAACAUGAGGUCAGGCAGAUUGAGAAUGUAUUAAAGCCAGCAGAAGAAAUAGCAGUAAAGCCCAGAGACAUGUUCAGCCAUCCUUCAGGAGAAUACCAGCCCAUAAAAACUGUCCUGACCAAUGGAAUAGCAGGAAUUGGAAAAACAUUCCUUGUGCAGAAGUUUGUGUUGGACUGGGCUGAACAAAGAUCCAAUCAAGACGUGGAUCUUAUUUUCCCCUUCACCUUCCGUCAGCUAAAUCCACUGAGAGCAGAAAAAUUCAGUUUAGUUCAGCUCAUCCAUGAAUGCAUCCCAGAAACUGUAGACAUCAAAGAGGAGGCUCUGAAUUACAUCUUUAAAACUCUGCAGUCUUCUGGAAACAGUAACUAUGACAAAAGUAAAUUUAAACUUCUUUUUGUGUUGGAUGGACUGGAUGAGAGCCGCCUUCAUCUGGAUCUCCACAUUGAUGACUUUCGAUCUGUCGAUGUGACAAAGACAACCACAACAGAAGUUCUGUUGAGAAAACUCAUCAAUGGAAAACUGCUACGCUCUGCUCGAAUCUGGAUAACAUCAAGACCAGCAGCAGCCAGUCAGAUUCCUCAACAGUUUGUUAGCAGUAUGACUGAGGUCAGAGGGUUUACUGACCUACAGAAGGAGAAGUACUUCAGGAAAAGAUUCAGAGAUGAAGACCAGGCCAACAAGAUCCUUUCCCACAUCAAGGCAUCACAGAGCCUCCACAUCAUGUGCCACAUCCCAGUCUUCUGCUGGAUCACAGCUACAGUUCUGGAGGAUAUGUUGAAAACCAGAGAAACAGGAGAGCUACCCAAGAGCCUGACUGAGAUGUAUACAGAGUUUCUGGUGUUCCACAUUGAUCACACUAAAGACAAAUAUGGGUCUGAGAUGUCUAUUCAGUACAUCAAAUCCUUAGCAAAACUAGCUUAUCAGCAGCUGGAGAAGGGCAACCUAAUCUUCUAUGAGAAUGAUCUCAUGGAGAGCAGCGUUAACCUUAAAGAAGCCUCUGUGUGCUCUGGAGUGUUCACAGAGAUCUUCAAAGUAGUACGCGGCAGGAAAGACAAAGAAAAGAUGUUUAGCUUUGUCCACCUGAGCGUUCAGGAGUUUCUGGCUGCUGUUUAUGUGAGGAUGUCUCUUAGUAGCAGCAGCAAAAACUCAUUUUUACCACAGAAGUUCAAAAUAAAAAGUUCUAAUAUGUCAAAAAAGAGAUCUUCCAAAAAAGACCAAGUUUACAUUGACAAAGCCUUGCAGUCUCCAAAUGGACACUUGGACUUGUUCCUCCGGUUCUUUCUAGGUCUUUCUCUGCAGACAAAUCAAGGUAAACUAAAGGACCUGCUGGUAAAGCCAUGGAGCAGCUCAGAGACCAAUCAAGAAACAGUCCAGUACAUCAAGAAGAAGAUCAGUGAAAAUCUUUCUCUGGAGAAAAGUCUCAAUCUUUUCCACUGCCUGAGUGAACUGAAUGAUCAAUCUCUUGUAGAGGACAUUCAACGGUACCUGAGUUCAGGAAGUCUGUCCACUGAUAAAUUGUCCCCUGUCCAGUGGUCAGCUCUGACAUUCAUCUUACUAUCAUCAAAAGAAUGUCUUGAAGUCUUUGAUUUGAAGAAAUACUCUGCUUCAGAGGAGGGUCUUCUGAGACUUCUACCAGUGGUCAAAGCCUCCAGUAGAGCUCUGCUCAGUGGUUGCCAUCUUUCAGGAAAAAGUUAUGAAGCUCUGUCCUCAGUUCUCAGCUCCCAGAAAUCAGGCCUGACAGAAAUGGACCUGAGCAACAAUGACCUGCAAGAUUCAGGAGUAAAACUUCUGUCUGCUGGACUGAAGAGUUCAUACUGUAAACUGGAGAUUCUCAGACUUUCAGGCUGUAUGAUAAGAGAGGAAGGCUGUGCUUAUCUGGCUUCUGCUCUGACCUACAACCCUAACCAUCUGAGGGAGCUGGACCUAACCUACAAUAACCCAGGAGAGGAAGGAGUCAAAUUGCUGUUAGCUGGACUGAAUAAUCCAUGCUGGAGACUGGAUACCCUCGGCCUGGAACACAGUGGAGAGCAAAGGAUGAAACCUGGACUGUGGAAAUACCUGUGUGAAGUCACUCUGGACCUGAACACCAUAAACAGAAAAAUGAAGCCAUUGGAGCCAAAGAGAGUGUACGGGCUGAGAGAAGAGCAGCCGUACCCGGAUCAUCCAGACCGGUUUGAAUGCUGCCAGGUGCUGAGUGAAAAGCCUCUGGCUGGGCGUUCUUACUGGGAGGUCAAAUGGACAGGAGGAGUUUAUGUGGCUGUGAGCUACAAAGGAAUCAAACGAAAAGGAAUCCAAGCUGAUUCUUGGUUUGGGUGGAAUCAUCAGUCCUGGAGUAUUUUCAGCAGUUACAAUGAAGAUUUUGUGUUUUGGCACAACAGAAGAAGAAAAGUCCUCCGGUCUUCCUCCUUAUUGGUCUCCAGCAGAAUAGGAGUCUAUGUGGACGUUGCUGCCGGGAUUCUGUCAUUUUACAGCGUCUCUGGUGACACACAGGUCCACCUCCACACCUUCAACACCACCUUCACUGAACCGCUUUAUGCCGGCAUUGGGUUCUGGUGGGCAGGUUCUUUUUUUUGUCUCUAUGAUUUACAGGGAGCAUCUCAAUGAUACUGAAACACAAAAAGCUGUUUGAAAACUAUUUAAUUUCUGAAAAAUCCUCCACAGUAAAGAAAAAGACUCAUUAGCAGUUCUUACAAACUGACACACCGAAACCUUUAAUGUGACAAAAAAAGCAGAUCAGUGAAAAUCUGUAGGGGGGUAAAUACUUUUUCAUGGCUAUGUAUAUAAAGGGUGCAGCAGACAUAAUGGACUGUACAUUUAAAGAAGAGGGCAAUAGUUAAACUGAUGUGAUGGAAACCUAACUAAACGUGUGGAAAGCAUUCAGUAUUUAUCAAAACGCAAAUUAUCUGUUAUUUAAAAUUAAAAUGGUCGAGGUUCACGUGAA